GGUGAAUUGCUUCUUCCUUUCUUGUACCUGCAUAGACCUUGCCUUUUGAUCAACUCUUGGGUUUCUUUUUCCAGAACAGCGUACCAAUCAUGAAUCUCACGGCUACAUUCAAGUUACAGCGGGCCUUUGUCGCAGCGAGCGGCUUUCGUCUUCCCCGGCGGACGACGCAGUGGCGCGAGUAUUCUUCUGCGGUUUCAGAUGACACCCUUCCCCUGAAAGGCAUUCGAGUCCUGGAUAUGACGAGAGUGUUGGCGGGCCCAUAUUGUACACAGAUUCUUGGAGACUUGGGAGCGGACGUGAUCAAAGUCGAACACCCUGUACGGGGCGAUGAUACUCGUGCCUGGGGACCGCCGUAUGCCACAUACACGGACGGGUCUGAAGGCCCAGGGGAGAGUGCUUAUUAUCUAGGAGUUAACCGCAACAAGAAAUCGAUUGGUCUGUCAUUUGCCCAGAAAUCCGGGGUUGAGAUUCUACACCGACUGGCAAAGCAAUGCGACGUGCUCGUCGAGAAUUAUCUCCCUGGCAGCCUCAAGAAAUACAACAUGGAUUAUGAGACCCUAAGCGCCAUCAACCCCCAACUGAUCUACGCUAGUAUCACCGGGUAUGGCCAGACCGGACCGUACAGCAACCGCGCUGGGUACGACGUCAUGGUAGAGGCGGAGAUGGGCUUGAUGCAUAUCACGGGCAGUAGGGAGGGUGCACCGGUGAAGGUGGGCGUGGCGGUGACUGAUCUAACAACCGGGCUGUACACGUCGAAUGCGAUCAUGGCUGCCUUGCUCGCACGGGCAAGGACCGGCAAGGGCCAGCAUAUCGAUGCGUGCCUGAGCGACUGUCAAGUUGCGACGUUGGCGAACAUUGCCAGUUCCGCCCUGAUCAGUGGCAACAAGGAUUCGGGGAGAUGGGGGACCGCACACCCAUCCAUUGUGCCCUACCGAAGCUACAAGACGCUCGAUGGCGAUAUACUUUUCGGGGGCGGCAACGACCGGCUGUUCGGUGUGUUGUGCGAUCGCAUGGGACAUCCAGAGUGGAAGACCGAUCCCCGAUUUGUGACCAACAGCGACCGUGUAAAACAUCGCGAGGAUAUCGAUGGCCUGAUCGAGGAGAGGGCGAAGCAGAAGACCACGCAGGAGUGGCUGGAAAUCCUGGAAGGCAGCGGGAUGCCGUAUGCCGCGGUUAACGACAUUCAGGGGACCCUGAACCACUCCCACGUCCAAGCACGUGGAAUGGUCACGGAAGUCGAGCACCCAGCCUGCGGCCCCAUCAAGCUAGUCAAUACGCCGAUUAAGUAUUCCCACGCGACCCCUGGCGUUCGGACGCCGCCCCCGACACUAGGGCAACACACAGACGAGAUUCUGGGGGAGGUGCUCGAGUAUGGCAAGGAUGAGAUUGCUCGGUUGAAGCAGGAGGGCGUAGUCGCGUAAGAGCCCGACCAGGUUGAUAGACGGUGGAGAUUGGAGUGCCCUAAGGGGUCGGAAGGUCACGCACGUAUCGGAAGAAAGGAUCCCUAUCCUGUCAGUCCUGUGUAGCUACCGGCUGGUCCGCGCUCGAGGACCUUGGCAUAUUAUGAAGAUAGACAGGCAGAAGAUGAAUAAACC